AGGUUUUGCUAAAGGGCAUCUGUUUCAGAGGCAUUAUGCUCAGAAAGAAAUCUGUCGCCGAAUGGUGGCAGAUUCAGAGGCAAGCAACACUUUCAACAACCAAGACAGCACAACCGACGAAGAAGACUGAUGACAGGGGUGUAACUGAUAUAAUUGAAAUGCUGCAGGGGGCAUGCAGAUCAAAUGGGUCACAAAGAGAGAGAGAUAUCUCUGCAUCGUGGAAGGAUAUGGGGCUGUUGACUGGUACAAAUCUUUCAAGAAGCCGCGUUUCACUCGGUCGCCCCUUUCAUCUCUUUUUCCCUCCACUCUUUCAUCACGCCAGCUCCUAAUAUACAACUCCAUUGCAUCCUCAUUCGAUACGAUGUCUCUCCCAGGCAGGGUCCUUAGACCACCAACGUCGUGUUCUUCUCGCUUGGCCAGGACUUCCCUCCGUGCAGUAUCACCACCUACACCGCUACCGAGGCUUACCGCUCUUCAAAGGUCCCUUCAUCAAACAUACUGCUCGCAGCAAGCCAUCGUCAGCGGGGCCAGCAGCGGACAAACACAGUCGCGUUCCAUCUCUUCUUCAGAGUUCGACCCUCCUGCCCAGAUAUCCAAGAUCAACACGCACUAUUGCAGGGAACCGCAGCUGGUCGUGAUUGAGGGAUACGGGAUUCUUCAGGGUCAAAUGGAUCCAAGCCGGCUGUUGACAAAGUACUUGAAUAUUCCUUUCGCCUCGGUCCAAGACCCGAUCAAGCACGCUGUUGCACCAGAGUCAUGGGCAGGGAUCCGGGACGCAACUGUUCUUGGUGUACAAUUCUCCCACACUUUACCAAUUGCUUUGUCUCCUCUAGGCCAAUGUGUCCCCAAAAGGUACAACAUGCCAACAGCCUGACGACAAUGAUGCUCGGCUUGCCAGGGCCAGGCUUUGAGUUCUCAGAACGGGAUUGCCUAAAUUUGAAUGUCUUUGCACCCCGGUAUGCAGAGGACGUGCCAGUGAUCUGCUACAUACACGGCGGAUCAAGUCAUGGAGGAAAUGCGCUUCCAAAGAAUGGUAACAUAGCAGAAGAAAAAUCGAUUCUCAUUAUCCGUGGACUAGCUGGCUUUAGAAACUGAAGACAGCCUUGUUUAAAAAAAAAA